UCCAGCUAGCUUUUGUACACACACCACUCACUGUCCCAGAGCGAGUGAAGGCCAGUGAAGAAUGAGCCCGUUUUCCUCUGAGUCAGCAUGGCUCUGCUUGGCUGCCACUUCAGUGCUGGGGGGCAUGCUUCUCUGUAGAUCCAAGAGCCCAGGGCAGUGGAGGAGACAGAUGCUGUGCCUCGCUGGCCUCUGGGGAGGCGCUUGCCUGCUCAGCCUGUCCCUCCUCUGCAGCCUGCUCCUCUUAUCGCUGGGCUGCUUCCUGCUGUAUGUGAGUUCAUCUGACCAAGAACUGUUACCCGUGGAUCAAAAGGCCGUGUUGGUGACAGGUUCUGAUUCUGGUUUCGGUCAUGCUCUGGCCAAGAACCUGGACAAGCUGGGUUUCACAGUGUUUGCUGGAGUGUUGGAUGAAGCGGGCCCAGGAGCAGAGGAACUGAGAAAAACCUGCUCUGAGCGCCUCUCGGUGCUCCAGAUGGAUGUCACCAAGCCAGAGCAGAUAAAAGAUACUCUCAGCAAAGUCACAGAGAAGAUAAAAGACAAAGGGCUGUGGGCCGUGGUCAACAACGCUGGCAUCAUAAACUUCCCGAUAGACGGGGAACUCAUCCCCAUGACCAGCUACAGGAAAUGCAUGGCUGUGAACUUCUUCGGGACGGUGGAGGUCACCAAGACGUUUCUGCCUCUACUGAGAAAAUCUAAGGGGAGGCUGGUGAACAUAAGCAGCACGGCAGGCAGAAUUCCAUUUCAAAUGAUGGCAGCCUACAUCUCAACAAAGGCAGCGAUAACCAUGUUUUCAUCAGUCAUGAGGAUAGAGCUUUCCAAAUGGGGAGUCAAAGUUAUUACCAUACAACCAGGAGGUUUCAAAACAAACAUCUUUGGCUCACCUGACACUUGGGAUAAGAUGGAGAUGGAGAUCCUGGAGCACUUGUCCAAAGAGAUGCAGGAGGACUAUGGCAGGGACUAUGUCCGUGCACACAAGAACCACCUCUUGACUAUGAGAGACUUGUCCGGCUCAGAUAUCACCCCCGUGCUGCGGGAUAUCGAGCUCGCCAUUUCUGCCAAGAACCCCUCUCCCUUUUAUGCCCCAGGGAAAAUGGCUUACCUGUGGAUCUGCUUGGAAGCCUAUUUCCCAACCACUGUAUGUGACUUUGUUAUGCAAAGGUAUUUUGGUCCAAAGCACAUACCGAGAGCUCUAAGGGAUAGCAGGUUUUAAGAAUGAGGCCCCAAGGGGGAUGAAAGGGAAACCUCUUAUUAAACUCAUUUUCUACCUCAAA